UUUUUUAUCAAAAAAAUGAAAAAAAAAAAGAAGUAGUAGGUUAUGUGUGUGAUCAAUGAUGUGAGAGAAAAAGCUUUUCAUUUCUGUCUAAAUUCAAAUCAAACCUUGUCCCCUUUUUCAUAAUUUUUAAACAUGAUCUUGUAUUAAUUUUAGUAGAAAUGAAUUCUGAGAAAGCAUCUUCGAAAAAAAUCGUAUCUCAAAAGGAAUACUUGAAGAAAUAUUUAUCUAACACUAAGACUAAGACUAAGAAAAAACCGAUUAAGCGGGCAAAUGUCAAAGUAAUCGAUGAUAACGAUUUAACCAGCCAUCAUACCGAAGAAAACUUCGAUUUGGAGACCGGUGAAGAUGCUCCCGUUAUUGCAGCCGUUAUUGAUGAAAGACCGAAAACAAUACAACGUUUAGAAGCAUAUAAAACUAGCGAUCGAUGGGCUCCUGUACCACAAGUGAAUGAUGCAAUUUCCGAAAAUUCAUCGCACAAAAGAAAUCAACGUGACCCCAAUGAGGAAAAUCACAUUUAUGAUGAUACUGAAUCAAGACAUGAUUCACCCACUGUUGAACCUAGAUCAAUAACAGAUUGCGGUGAAAAGUAUAAAAAACAUUCAACUUCAAGAAUUAAUGAUGCAUCGAAUUCGAAGGACAAAAGAUCGGGUAAACUCCAAAAUCACAGCUAUCGAGAGUCGUCAGCUGUACGAGAAGAAGCGCAUUUAAAAAAUACCAAUGAUUCCAAUUCCCUAAACACCAAAAAACACAGAAGACAUGAUACUAUAUUCACAGAGAAGAAAUCUCGCCAUCAAAAUCGUAAGAAUUCGUCCGAUGAAAGCUUAUCACCUCAAAGAAAGAAACAUUCGGGAGAAGAUGAAAAAUUGAAAAGUGGAAAGCUUGUUAAGGAUAGACAUUCACGUAGACAAUCGCCAUCUCUGGAUAGGAAGAAAUCGAAAGACCUAAUAAGAAAUCGUCAUACGUAUUCAUCUGAUGAAAGCUUAUCACCUCAACAGAUGAAAUAUUACAAGGAAGAUAAGAAAUUGAAAAGUGAAAAAGUCAAUAAAGAUAGGUGUUCGCCUAGAGAGUCACAUUCUCCAGAUACGAGUAAAUCGAAAGACAGAAAAAGAAAUAAUAAUGCGUAUUCAUCCGAUGACAGUGUAUCACCUCGAAGAACGAAAAAUUUGAAAGAUUAUGAGGAAUCGAACUCUAAAAAAUUCAAUAAAGAUAAGUAUUCACAUGAAGAGCAACAUUCUCCAAAUAGGAGUAAAUCCAGAAAUCAGAGAAAAGACCAUGAUGCAUUACCUGCGAAGAAGAAACGAUCAAAGUAUUCUUCAGACAGCUCUCCUUCACCUGAUCGUAGAUUAUCUGACAAAAAUAAAAAACUAGGUAAGCAUUUAUCAAAUCGCGUUUCUCGAGAAGGUUUGGUGGAAACCAAAAAAAGAGACGACAAAACACGCGAUUAUUCUUCUGCUAAGAAAAAACGAGACAAAAGCUCUUCAGAUCGUUCUCUUUCUCCAAGUCAUGAGUCAAGAAGGAAGAAGAAAACGCACGAGAAUAGUUCAGAUUUUUCUCCUUCACAUGAUAGCAAUAUGACGCGAAAAAAGAAGAAAAAUCGUCAUUCAUCCCCGAGAAAAAAAGUCUCAAAACGAUCCUCUUCAAGUACUUCGUCUUCUUCGCAUAGUUCUAAUCAGAAUAUUGAUGGGAAAAAUAAGUGUCUCAUCGACAAAAGAGAGAAGCACAGGGAAAAGAAAUCUGAUUUUGGUGUUUCUCCGGAACGAAAUCGAGAUUAUAGUAAAAAGAAAACCGAAAAAAAUUCUAGUUCAUUAUCAAUUACUAAAAAAUCAGAAAAAUAUUCGUCGGAUCGUAAUUCUUCGCGCAGUAAAGAUGAAAAAAUAACUCCAGUAGAGACAGUUAAAUCUAAAUAUUCGUCUUCAAGUAGCAAAAAUAAAUCAGAGCGGCAUGAUAGGAAAACCAAUGUAGAAAAUGACGAAAAUAAAGAGAAACCAACCGCAGAACAAUACUACCAAUGGGGAAAAGGAUUAAAACAAAUCGAAGACGAAAACGAAAAACUGGCUUACGCAUUGCACGAAAUGUCGAAACCUCUGGCUCGUUAUGCGGAUGACGAAGAUUUAGACAAACAUUUAAGAAAUAUGGAACGCGAUGGAGAUCCACUAGCAAUAAUAAAAAGAAAUUUGAACGAUGAUAGUUCUGCUGAUGGUGCUAAGCCAAAAUACAAAGGAACUUAUCCUCAAAAUCGUUUUGGAAUUCCACCUGGCCAUAAAUGGGAUGGAGUGGAUAGAUCUAACGGAUAUGAAGUGAAAUGGUUGGGUAAAGCGAAAGCUAAAGAAGCGGUCGAAGAAGAAGCAUAUAAAUGGAGCACUGAAGAUAUGUAAAAUAGCGAGAUUACUGCCAUCGACAUCGAGUCAACAUUUUCCAAAAUGUAUAAUUUAUAACGUUUUAUAAAUUUUUCCAAUACUUUUUUCAAGCUAGUAGUCGAUGCGGCUUUGCAACAUUUACUUACUAUUUUUCUUUUUUGUUAUUUUCUUACAUUUUAGUUCAGCUGAUGUGUACAAUUGUAAAUAAUUAAUCAUGUUUAUGGCCCGAUUGUUAAAUCAAAGGCUCAGAAUAUUUUUUUAUGCUCGCGACGUCGCGAGAUGAGAUGAUCCAUCUACCAUCAUACAUGGAAAUAAAAUUUAUUCAUUUCA